AUGUUCAACGACAUCAGCAAACCCGCUCCUCCACUUCCGAGCCCGGAGCUCUCGGAAGUCAUGCCGGGCGUGUCCCUCCUCCGGCCUCUGAGUCGCCUUGGCACUGGUCCGGGGAUCAUCGUCCUCACGCACAACUACGAAGACUCACUGGCGAUCAACGAGGGUGUGCCAUCCCCGCUGGUCAAGUGGGCAGAGGAAGGAUACACAGUCGUUGAGAUUCAGACUAGAGCACUUCGCACCGGUGCGGGGCAUAUCAUCAAGGCUGCCAUUGAGGCUCUGAGAGACUGUGAUAAAUGUGAGCCGAAGGACAAAGUUGGGCUAGUUGCCUACGAGCCCGGCUCGUGGAUUGUCACGGCAUCAACGAUUUCAAAAUACCCCAGCAUAGUUGCGGCUGCAGUGUAUGCAGACGUACCUGAUGAGGCUUCCUCAGAGUCUCUUCCCAAUGUCUCGAUCCCAGUAGUAUACCAUCUGGCUGGCAAAGCGCCGGCUGUAAGGCCGAAGUUAGAUGCGUCAUCGAAGCGAUACAUCUACCCGACCGCCAGCUCCUACAAAUUUGCUACACCUUUCCAAGCCUCUUUCCAUUAUAACACUGAAAACCUUUCUCAUACACGAAACCUUACCUUCUUGAAGGAGAGGAUGGGCGGUCCAUAUUUUGACCUGGAGACUAUCUGGGAAGAGCAUACCUAUUAUGAGUUUGCGGACCGGUCCGUUGAACAUACGAUGAGCACUAUGGUCCAAGAGCCAUAUGUGAACCAUGUACCGACUAUGACGGGCGGUAUCGGUCGAAAAGCUCUCUCACAUUUCUACCGGCACAACUUCAUCUUCAACAACUCCGCAGAUACCGAGUUGGAACUCAUCAGUCGGACCACAGGCAUUGACCGCAUCAUCGAUGAGUUCAUUUUCAAAUUCACUCACGAUCAACUGAUCGACUGGAUACUCCCUGGUGUGCCUCCCACGCACAAGAAAGUUGAGAUCCCUUUCACAGCCGUCGUAAACAUACGCGGUGAUCGGCUAUACCACGAGCACAUAGCUUGGGACCAGAGCAGUGUGUUGCGCCAGCUUGGACUACUGCCCGAAUACCUUCCAUUCCCAUAUCCUCUACCUGAGGGAUCGGGUGCAGAUGCGGGUAAUAAAAAGAUUGAGUACCGGCUACCAGUGGCGGGAAUAGAGACCGCUCAUAAGAUGAGGGAUAGGAAUGCGGGUUCGUCGAAUGAAAUGUUCAAGUUCGAGAUUCGCGAGGCAUAA